AUGGAUGCAUCGACACGGCUAUACAAACGCUUGGGAGAGAUACCAGAAAACCCAAACGACCCCGAAAGUCUCGACGACUUGAUAGUCUGCGCAUUUGGCGCCUUCGAGCGAUACUACGUAUGCUGGAAAACGAAGGGAGGAGAGUUCAGACAAGAUGGCUACGAUCUCCCUCCCGCACUCAAAGACUGGCUCUAUCCCAUCGACGGCACAACACGAGACUUUGCGUCCCUUCAAGUCGUCUUCGGUCGAGGCGAGGAAUACUUCGCAUCCGACAAGAACGGCAAGCUGGAGUACAAAGAGCCCGAAGUGAAGAAGCCAGGGCCUACUGAAGAUGAAGAGAAGCUUGAUCGACAGGCCCUGAGGAGAUCGCGAACGGUCUCGUUCUUGCGACCAUUAUCGGAAACGAGCAUGCGAUCAGAUGGCGGAGUGAGCGAUACGAACAGGAGCAAGCGGUCGAGCUCAAUCAGUUCGCAACGAGCGAGUCGGCCACCGAGUCUAAGUUAUACGAAUUCGAGGACGAACUCGGAUAUUUCGCUGUUGGGGGAGACGAUUGUUGAGGGGCAAAUGAGGCAACCGGGACGACCUUCGUAUAUAUCGCAGUGGACAGCUCUUGGCUCAGGUGUAGGCGAUUCGGAGAAGAUGGAGUCGCCGCAAAAGUCAGAUCCGAGGACAGACGCCGAGCCAGUGAUAGAGCCAGACCGCAAGCCGGUGUCGACGAAGACGAUAUCUCCAGCACCAGUCGAGAGCACACCAUCGCCACCAUCAUCACAGCCCGCCCUGAACCAGGAAUCCACGACACUACAACACAGUCCUCCACCCCAGCCAAGGCCCACUUCAGAAACUUCACCAUGUCCAUGCAACUGCCACGCUACACCGAACCCCCCUCCACCCCCGCAAAAACCCACCUACUCGACCACCGCAACCCAAACAUCACUUCCCCCUACUCCUCUCCCCAGAGAAAAUUCAUCUUCAUCCUACUGGCCAUCGCAAGCGAACUACACUGCCAUACCUCAAGAGCCAUCCUACUACACGGACGAAGACUACGAUACACCACCCGUUUUCAUGGGACGCAUGUCGACGUACUUUAGUAAACCGGGGUACCAGUUGGGAGAUAGUUUGUUUAGUGGGUAUCAGCCGAUUGACUGGGGGAGUGGGUAUGAAGAAGUGGAGGUGGAGGGGGAUGGUUAG